AACAACAACAACAAUAAUAAUAAUAAUAAAAAAAAUUUAGAUUUAUAUACAUUCACAUAUAUAUCUUUUUUUUAUUUUUUAAAAAACAAUUAUUUUUUUUAAAAAUAAGUUUUUUCUUCCCAAUAAUAAAUAUAGCAAUUAAAUAAAUAAACAAUUUAUUUAUUUUUAACAUCACCAUCACACUCUAAACUUUAAUUAAUAAAAUCAAAUCAAAUUAAUUUAAAUUAAAUUAAUAUUUUUUUUUUCAAUUAUAUAAAUAAACAAAUAAUAAAAAAUGACAAUCUAUGAACCAAACACUUCAGAAGAAACUUAUAAUAAAAUUAGAACAACCCCUAGGGUAUUAGUAAUGGUUAGUACUAAAUGGUGUAUUCAAUGUCAUAAUUUUACACAAUAUUACGAAAAAGCCAGCAACAAAUUAAGUUCCUUCUUAUUUUUAAAAGUAGAUUACGAUAAAUGCCCUGAAAUGUACAAGGAAAAUAAAAAUGUUGAAAAAGUCCCAACUUUCAUUCUUUAUAUUGAUGGAAUUGAAACUAAAAGAUUCCACAGUUACGUCAAAACAAAUCUCGAUAAAUUAGUUAAAGAUUAUACUGCUUAAAUAAUAAUAUAACAAUAUAUAAACAAACAAUAAUAACAAACAAUAACGUAUCAUUAUAGUAGUAUUAAUAACAUAUAUUCUUUUUUUUUCCUUAUUUUUUCAUAUUAAAAUCAACCACCCAUGUAUAUAUAUAUAAUUUUUAAUUUUUUUUAAAAUAUAUUAAAAAAGCAACAGUAAAAGUAGAAGAUGUGAUAUAAUUAUAGUAUAUACAAACAAGCAAUAAAAACCCAGAUAUAAAUUUAAAUGUUAUAUAGUCUAUAAGAUUUAAUAAGUCUUAAAUUUUUUUUUCUUAAAAUAAAAAAAAAUAAAAAAAUUUUU